GCAAAUAGUUCAGCGGAUCAACAAAGUGUGAACCUUUUAAACAAAUUAGUGAAAAAAUACGAUAGAAGAUCCGCUCGGGAUGGAUCUUGAACAAAUCCAUCAGGAAGCGCGCCAGGCGGCUUUGAACGAGGUGAAGAACAUGCUCCAGCGCUCCAACCAGAUGGAAAAGGUAGAUCAGUAUCGUCGACGCAUCUACCGUAAGAACCUUUCCAUGGACGCCCAAUUGAAGACGUGCAUGCAAAACCAAACCGACGACGUAAAGAUAGGCGUAAAAAAGCUCCAAACUGCGCUGGAUCAAAUCCAGGAGAUUGGUGAUAGGAUGAAAAAUGCGUUCGCGAUGCUCGCGGAUGUUCCGGAAAUCUACGAUACGCUCGAGAGUGUCCGUGAUGAAAACGCCAAGCAUUCGCAGUACAUGACGGCGAUGGAAAAUUUGAAGCACAUCUUUACCGUGCAAUCGAGUGUUGAUAAGGCGAUGCAGUGGAUCGAGGAGGACAAGCUGUUGCACGCCCACCAGUGUCUGUCGGAUCUGGAAAACUCGCGCGAUGAUCUGCUGUACGAGCUGCACAAGCUACCGAAGCAAAACGCCCACGACAAGAUCACACUCAAGCGGUACUUUGAAAAGGUGGAAACCGUUUCGGUGACGCUGGAAAAGAAGAUUCGUCUGGUGCUGCAGCGUACGCUGAAUACGGUGCGCAAGGAACCGACCGUCAUCGUGACGGCCCUUCGCAUCAUCGAGCGGGAAGAGAAGUCGGAUGCGUUCGCAUUGCAGCAGCAGAAGAAUACGGGAUUCAUUGCACCCGGGCGUCCGAAGCGAUGGCGUCAAAAGGCACUGGACGUACUGAACGAAGCGGUCGUACAGCGCAUCGAGGGAUCGAAGCUGGAAGAACGGUCCGACAAUAAAAUGUGGUUAGUGCGAGACCUGGAGCUCACCAGACAGUUUCUGCUGGAAGAUUUGCGUGUCGUGAAAUCACUGUGCGUUCCCUGCUUCCCGCCACACUACAACAUCCUGAACGAAUAUGUUAAAAUGUACCACAAUGCAAUGGCAAAAUAUCUUGAAGAACUUAUUCAAACGGGCCUCGAAGGCAAUGAAUACAUAACCAUUCUUUCAUGGAUAAUGAACACAUAUCCUGGUCGUGAGCUUAUGCAACACCCGGAACUGCAGAUCGAUUUAUCCGAUGUUGGUCCGCUGGUGAGCAAAGAUCGUUUGCUAGAAAUGGAAACCGCUUACCUUCGCACGAUGGAACGCAACUAUCAGGAGUGGAUGACUAAAACGUUGGAGACGGAGAAAGCGGACUGGAUCAACGGGGUCGAGAUGGAUUCGAGCGAUCAGUACUACCACACGUCUGCUCCGAUGAUCAUCUACCAGAUGAUCGAUCAGAAUCUGCAGGUCACCAACACGACCCAUUCCGAUUUAACAUUUAACGCGCUCAUCCUGAGCAUCCAGCAGAUGACCAAGUACGGGCACAUUUAUCGGACGGCGAUAAUCGAGUACAAGGAACGUCACUUCCGCGAUCGUAGUCAGGCACCGUUCUUCACGCAGCACAUCAUAACGAUUGUGAACAAUUGCCAGCAGAUGAUCGAGAUUGCCCAGCAACUGAAGCAGUUGUACUGGCCGAAAUCAAAGACUCAGCAUUACGAGGAGUUUGAGAAGCUGGUUAAAACCUAUCAAACACUCCGCGACGAGACGGGACUGUUCCUGCUCGAGGAAGCGUUCCUCGAUCUUGAGGGCCAUUUCAAUAAACUGUUUACCGCCGAUUGGACCGCAUCAUCCGUGUCGGUCGAUACGAUAUGUGUGACGCUCGAGGACUACUUCCAGGACUAUAACCACCUGCGAGCGGCCAACUUUGAGUACGUGAUCGGUGAGGCGCAGAAGAUGGUCGCAAAGCGAUACAUAAAGGCGAUGCUCUCGAAGCGGUUGAACAAAACUCGCGCCGAAUGUGAGGUCCUCGGGAAGAAGAUCGCCAGAGAGGCCAAACAAAUUAAGGUGUUCUUUGAAAAGGUGGCACCGAAUGUGGCGAAAAGUGAUUCCCCAAUUGAUGUGAUUUCCAACUUGGCUGGACUGCUUAACUCGGACGCGGAAAUGUUGGUGCUGGAUCUGCACUCGCUGCUUUCCUCUUAUCCUUCGAUAACCGAGGAUCAGCUGGUGCGCUUGUUCUACAUGAGAAACGAUUUUAAGAGUAGCGAAGUGAAGGAAAAAGUGCAGGAUGCGCUGGCUUCGCGCAAAUCUACCAUAAGCCACGACAAGCAGGAUGCAAUCUUCAAGGAAAUAGUAUUCUCAGAUAAGUUGUGGUAGGAUAAGCAAUUAUCUCUAAUUUGUAAUAGCAAAAGGGAACCUAACAAAUAUAAAAUAUAUAUUUAAAAGAGUAAUGCAUGCGGCGGGAGUUUUAAAAACGGGAGUUGGAAUAUUUCAUCGGAUUAGCCAUGAUACUCCAAAUGGCAGUACCUAGGUAUGAAGUUCUCGUUCCUUUAACCCACGCAAUUU